UCUUCACAGCUUAUGUGAUUGUAUGUCCAUAUUAUUUAUUUAUUAUUAUUUAUUUAUGUUUCGCUCAUGCCCACGAUCCUGAAUUUGGAGAUCUGGUUUUGUUUAAUGUCUUUGUUUUGCUCUCCAGCAUUGCUGGACACUUGUAAACCAAUUCACCUUUUGUAGUGAGCAAGUUUGUGCAAGACAGUAUUUUCUUCUGCUUGCUUUUGUUCUUAUUGCAGAAGGUAUCAAUUGGAACACUGUUGGUAUUGACCAUAAGUUAAAAUAACGAUAAUUUUAGUAGUAAACAAGUAUGGCUAUAUAGACGUGCCAUUCUCUAAGGUGCUGCAAGACUCUUGAUUGAUUUAACUCUGAGAGAUAUGUUUUAAAAGAACCUUGGUAAAGGCAGCUUUUUUCUUCCUUUUGUUUCCUUUACUACCUGUAACACCUCAAGCUACAACCUCCAUCUUUUUUAUUUAUUACAUUUCAUAGAAUCAUAUGUAGAGGUCCGGGAUGUGGAGUCACUAGGUUGGCUUGGAUGUUAAAAAAAAAAUCCUUGCCUCUCAGACAUUUAUGAAACAGUUCAAGAUUUGGAUUGAAAAAUAGUGUUCUGGAGCAAAGAACUGUAUAGCCAGCACGGUAGAAUGAAGGUCACCCAAACAGUGCUUCCUUUUAUCUGGACUGUGGUUAUGCCGCUUGGUGUGUGUUGAACAUUCAUAUUCUUUACAUAUACAGUGGUACCUCGGUUUAUGAACACAAUUGGUUCCGGAAGUCUGUUCAUAAACCGAAGCGUUCAUAAACCGAAGCAAACUUUCCCAUUGAAAGUAAUGGAAAGUGGAUUAAUCCGUUCCAGACGAUGAAAAACACCCCCUAAAGCAGCAAUUUAACACAAUUGUUACUGUCUUUUAACUUAAAUUAACUUUUAUUUUUUGGUGGCGCUGGGAUUGGAGCCAGGCUGCUGGGAGAGAGAAGAGAUGGACACGGUCAGGAGCCCCGGAGGCAGCGGAACCCCCCAAUCCCCGUCCCUUCGCUUCUCCGCCGCUCUCACCAUUGCGAAGGGCGGCUCUGUCGGCUUCUCACAAACUCCCUCAGCCGGCAAGUGUCGCCUCCGUCGUCGUGGCGGCUUCCCCCUCCUCCUCCUCAGGCGACGAGAGAGGGAGCCUCGCUGCCAGCGCCUGAGGAAGAAGAACCCCUAGCAUGCGCCUGCCCUGCACAGCGCCUGGCUCAAACCCCUUCCUUUUCCCCAUGAGCGGGGAAAGCGCUACCUCCCUGCUGAGCAGGCUCGGGCUUUCCCGCCUUCCUCACCGCGGCGCCGUCUCUUCUCCCGCUCUGAGAUGAUGGUCGAGGGUCACCGGCGGCGCGGCCAUGGUGGGAGGCGAGGGCGCUGAGGCGCGGUGCGGUUCUUGCUACCCAUCUGCUUCUUCUGCCGGACCGGUUGCAAGGGGCUGUUGUCGGCGUUCGGGGCAGCCUCCUUUCUCUCGCUGUCUCUGAAACCUCUGAAACCUCGGGUUACUUACUUCCGGGUUAGGAUUGUUCGUAAACCGAAAGUUCGUAACCCGAGGUGUUCGUAAACCGAGGUACCACUGUAUGUUCCAUUCGUCAAACAGCUUUGAAGUUACUUUGGAGAAUUUGUCACAAUGUUGUUAUUGUUUUUAAACUUUAAUUCUAUGAUAUUGUCUGUUACACCCUUUAAAUAUGUUGCUGGUACUUGAGUUUUGUGUUGGACAACUUUAGCUUUUAAAAUAGUGGUUAAAAAAACCUAGUUUUUAAUAGAUCCACAAAAAUUCCAGGAAAACAAAGGAAGGGGAUUAUUUUUUCUUUGGAAAAGUGGAAAAACAGUUUUCCAGCUGUUGUUUGUUCAGAACGGACAGAGUGGCACAACCAGUGGGGUGUAUUCUGUACCUAGCAGAUUCUUUCCUCAUAUGAUGGAGGGAACAUAGAGCCAGGUGCAAUUAUCUUGUGAAGACAGAUCCUAUUACCUACACACAGGUUUUUAUUAAUCUGUCUUAUGUACAUAGCCUAGCCUUUGCAAUUCUGCUCUGACCGUUACUUUGACUUCACCACUUUGAAAAACAACAAGAUAUAUAAAUCACAUUUCCUCUACCCCUUUGUUCUCAAACCAUGACCUUCAAGCACAAAAAUGCAAAACGAAUUGAAGGGCUGGAUAGCAAUGUGUGGGUGGAAUUUACAAAAGUUGCUGCAGAUCCCUCAAUUGUUAAUCUGGGACAAGGUCUCCCAGAUAUAUCUCCUCCUAACUAUGUUAAAGAAGCAUUAGCCAAAGCAUCCUCUGUGGAUAUGUUGAACCAGUACACCCGAGGUUUUGGACAUCCUUCGUUGGUGAAAGUCUUGUCCCAAGUGUAUGAAAAAGUUUGUGGAAGAAAGAUUGAUCCAUACACUGAUAUCCUGGUGACAAUAGGGGGAUAUGGAUCUCUGUUCAGUGCAGUGCAGGGACUCGUUGAAGCAGAAGAUGAAGUGAUAAUAAUAGAACCCUUCUUUGACUGUUAUGAGCCAAUGGUGAGGAUGGCAGGAGCCAAGCCUGUUUUUAUACCCUUGAGAUAUAGACCUGCAGCUGGAGAGACUGCAUCUAGUGCGGACUGGGUCUUGGAUCCUGCUGAACUUGCAAGUAAAUUUAAUUGCAAGACGAAAGCUAUUAUAUUGAAUAACCCUCACAAUCCUAUAGGAAAGGUCUAUACGAAAGAGGAACUCCAGAUAAUUGCUGAUCUCUGUAUUAAAAACGACACCCUGUGCAUCAGUGAUGAAGUAUAUGAAUGGCUGGUAUACACUGGCAAUAAACACAUUAAGAUAGCUACUUUGCCUGGAAUGUGGGAAAGAACAGUAACUGUCGGAAGUGCUGGGAAAACAUACAGUGUAACUGGCUGGAAGCUUGGCUGGUCUGUUGGUCCCCAACAUCUGAUGAAGCAUUUGCAGGUGGUUCAACAAAAUACACUCUAUACAUGCCCAACUCCGUUACAGGAAGCUGUGGCACAAGCCUUUUUGAUAGACGUGAAGCGCAUGGAUGACCCAGAGUGCUACUUCCAUUCUUUGCCUAGAGAGCUAGAAGACAAACGGAACCGAAUGGCUCGCAUGCUCCUGGGAGUUGGGCUGAAACCUGUUGUUCCAGAGGGAGGAUACUUUAUGAUUGUCGACGUAUCUACAUUAAAUGUAGAUCUGUCUGACAUGGAAAAAGAUAAACCUUAUGAUUAUAAAUUUGUUAAAUGGAUGAUAAAAUCUAAGAAACUGUCAGCUAUUCCUCUCACCUCCUUUUGCGGCCCUGAGACCAAAGAACAGUUUGAAAAGUACAUACGGUUUUGCUUCAUCAAAAAAGACAGCACGUUGGAUGCAGCAGAAGUGAUCCUGAAGAACUGGAAGGAACACUGACUCAGAACUUAACCUCUUCUGUCAUUUCUAAAAAUAUAUGCACAGUCAUACAUUAAUAACUAGACCUAGAAUUUCACAUUACAGGUUACCCCUUCUAAAUUGCACUGUGCUGCCAUCUGCUGGAUAUUUAAUAUUAAUAAUGUGAUCCAACAUACUGGUUUUGGCAUUGUAAAAAUUAUAGUCUGUUUUCCAAAAUAUUCAGUGGAAACCUUUUCCAGCAAUCUUCUUUUCUUCUUUUCUAAACACACUGAAGUAAAAUUUGUGCAGGCUACAUCCACCAGAGCCCUGUUCUGCAAUCUCCUUUAUACUUGUACAAAUUGUUAACGCGUUUAUUGCACUGCUUUGGGUUUAGUUUUGUCAAACAGCAGCUUUUCUACAAUCCAGGCAAAAUACUGUAUGAGAACAUUGAGUGUGGAUUUCUGGGCAGGGUCCUUGCUGUACAUGGCUUGGCCAGCCAAGGGCAUAGCAUAGUAGUAGAGGAAAGGCAGCACGGAUGGGCAUGGGAGCUAGGCGUUGGAACAGGCAGUCUUUUCAUUCAGUUGUAUUGCUCAUGAUUGUGUGUGUACAAACACACACACACACAUACACACAAUUCACAAAAAUGAAUAAUGCCUUGCAAUUGGAAUGAAUAAGAAAUGAGGUCUGCACAGUAUAUUUUUGUGAAUUCUAUUGAUUGUAAGUAUGGAGAUGAGAGGUUAGAUUGCUUUGCCAUUUCCCCUUGUUGUGUAAAUAAGACAAACAAUUUUUUUUUGCCCUCUAUGCAAAUGACACAUGCUACCUUGCAUAAACUGGAUGUAAUUCUGUCCCCUCAAACUUUACCAUUUUAUUUUACAAUUAACAAUCCUGGGGGAUCUGUUAUAUAAUUAUAUGUUACUUAGAAUCACAGAAUCGUAGACUUGGAAGGGACCCCAAGGAUCUUCUAGUCCAACCCCCUGCAAUGCAGGAAUCUCAGCUAAAGCAUCAAUGACAGAUGGCCAUCCAACCUCUGCUUAAAAACCUCCAAGGAAGGAGUGUCCACAAUCUUCCGAAGGAGUCCAUUCCACUGUCAAACAGCUCUUACCACCACGAGGUUAUUCCUGAUGUUUAGUCUGAAUCUCCUUUCUUGUAAUUUGAAGCCAUUGGCUCAGGUCCUAUGAUUUGAUUUAACAAAUAAAUAAAAGCAAAAAUUAGUCAUAAACCUCGACUGGUUUCUUUCACUGAUGUUGUAAACAAGCAAAACAGUGUAUUCCUUAAACUUGCCAGAGAAACAGGUUUACAGAAACAGAUUCUGCUCCCCUCUCCCUGCUCAAUUUAAGAAGAACUAAUAAAGAAAAUUUGGAAAUGAUAGCUUCAUAGGACUAAUAUUAAAACAUGUUUAUAGCCUGAUCGUGUGCAUAUUUGCUUGGAAGGAUUUCAAUUGACCUUCCUUCAAAAUAAUUUCAUAGGAUUGUAGACCAGGCAUCCCCAAACUUCGGCCCUCCAGAUGUUUUGGACUACAAUUCCCAUCAUCCCUGACCACUGGUCCUGUUAGCUAGGGAUCAUGGGAGUUGUAGGCCAAAACAUCUGGAGGGCCGCAGUUUGGGGAUGCCUGUUGUAGACCUUAUGGAGUGAGGCUAUGCCUGUUUACUCAGAAGUAAGUCUCACUGUAUUCCAUGUUUACUCCCAGGUAAAUCCUGCAUGUUUGUUUUAAUUCUAUACUUACCUGAGACUUAUCUCAUAAGUGUGCAUAAGAUUCUAGCCUCAGGGUAGUAUUGUAGUCUGGAGAAGAUGAACAUAUGUCACAUGCCUGUGGACACAAAGUUAAAUCCUACACAAACCACUGGACAGUAAAUCCUAUUGCAUUUGCAUUUAGUGAGCCCUGCAUAUAAUUUCAACUAAGCACAGAACUGCCAGCCAUCCCUUAUUUCAGAAUUUGAGAGUUUUAUUUCUAAAACUUUGGAUUACCAAAACAAACUGAAAUGGAUAGAAAUGGUUUUGUAAGCUUGAUUUUAUGCCAUGUGAUAUUUACUUUUUCUAGCUUUACUGAUUUUUAAAAAAGUUGCUUUAUUUUAUUCUGCAAUGCUGCUCAGAAAUUUUGUUACAGGACAGUUGAUAAAUAUUGU